UGAAUAUAUACUUUUACACACCACCUUUUAUUUAUUUUUCUUUCAAUUCAACAUUAAUUGAAAACCCAACAACACAAAAACACAAGUUCCAUCUGAAUCAGACCAGACCACCGCUUUAAACUUAACCUCUGAUUUUGGAACACCUCUGAAUUGAAAAAGAAAAAGAGUUUUAUGAUAUGCUUCGAUAUCAAGCUGGGGGUGUUGUUUUUGUGCUGAUCAUUAUUUCUUCGUUUCUUGUAUCGACAAAUGCGAUUCGUUUAGUUCAUGAAACACAUGUAGUAAAAGAAGAUGUGAAAGUUUCCAAGAUUGAAGAAAGUAGUAAUAAUGUGGAAUUAUACAAUGAAGCACCAGAGUAUAGAAAUGGUGCUCAAUGUGGAGUAUUGGGUGAAAAUACAAAUUAUGGGCCAUUUGUUAUACAUGUAGCCAUGACUCUUGAUUUUAACUACUUAAGAGGAUCAGUAGCUGCUGUUCAUUCCAUACUUAAACAUACUUCUUGUCCUGAAAACCUAUACUUUCACUUCAUUGCAUCCGAAUCGAAAUCGCCUAGCCCGAAAGAAUUGACAAAAGUCAUCAAAACCAUAUUUCCAUCUUUGGAUUUCAAGGUUUAUGGGUUUGAUGAUAGCUUAGUCAAGAAUUUGAUAUCGUCUUCGAUUCGUGAAGCACUUGAAGACCCUUUGAAUUAUGUCAGGACUUACUUGGCUGAUAUAAUUGAUUCGAGUGUAACCCGGGUGAUUUAUUUGGAUUCGGAUAUUAUACUUGUUGAUGAUAUACAGAAGCUCUGGUCCGUUUCAUUGACUGGGUCGAAAGGAAUUGGAGCUCCUGUUUAUUGUCACGCGAAUUUCACGAAGUAUUUUACUGAUAGAUUUUGGUAUGAUUCGAGUUUGUCGAGUGUUUUUGAAGGAAAGAAGCCUUGUUACUUUAAUACAGGGGUAAUGGUGAUGGAUUUGGCGAAGUGGAGGAAGGAAGAUUAUAGGGGAAGAAUUGAGAAAUGGAUGGAGAUUCAAAAGGAGGAGAGGAUAUACGAGUUGGGUUCGUUGCCGCCGUUUUUGUUGGUGUUUGGUGGUGAUGUGGCGGAGAUCGAUCAUAGAUGGAACCAACACGGGCUAGGUGGGAACAACAGGGUUCACAGUUGUCGGUCACUACAUCCUGGUCCGAUAAGUUUGUUGCAUUGGAGUGGGAAAGGGAAACCGUGGGCGAGGCUAGAUGCGGGUGAUCCGUGUCCAGUUGAUGAGCUAUGGUCGCCUUAUGAUCUUUAUAGACACUCUAAAGAACAACUUAGAUGAUGACGAAGAAGAUAGUGAUGAUGGUGAUAAAGAUCUUGUAUCUUGGUUAUUUGUAAUUUAAUUCAUUUUUUCUUUCUUUUGUAUAUGGUUACUUUAUCUUCAAAUUUUGUUUGAUGAACAUUGAUUCUUUUGUAUAUCUAUACAUGAACAUUAGAAGAAAAAAAUUACAUAUCCAA